GUCUGGGCGAGGCGCUCAGGCCGCGCGUCUCGGUGCCCGCGGGCGGGUGAUCAUGUGACCCGGCGGUGUCUCAAGAUGGCGGCGGCGAGCGAGCCCAGCUGUGCAGCCCAGGCUCCCCAGCACACACAGACUGCAGGAGUGCUGAGCCUGUCUCUGCCCUGAUCCUGUCCCGGGGCAGAGCCACAGCCGGAGCCGAGGAUGCCGCUCUUCUCCCGCAGGAAGAAACCCAGCGACGACGCCCGGAAGCGCCUUGAGUACCAACUGUGCCUGGCAAAAGAAGCUGGUGCUGAUGACACCCUUGACAUAUCCAGAUGUGAACUCUCAGAGGUUCCUUAUGGGGCCUUUGCCACUUGUAAAGUCUUGCAAAAAAAGGUGCUGAUUAUUCACACAAAUAAUCUGACAUCUUUAGUUCCAAAGUCCUGCAGCCUCCUGAGUCUCAUCACUGUGAAGGUUCUGGACCUUCAUGACAACCAGCUGACGUCGCUUCCUGCUGACAUUGGUCAGCUCACAGCUCUUCAGGUCCUAAACCUUGAAAGGAAUCUUUUAAAAAGCCUCCCACAAUCUAUAGGAGACCUUGCCCAGCUCCAGCUCCUCAAUGUGAAAGGUAUGGCUCGGGAUUCCAGCAGUGCUCUGGGGCAGCUCAGGUCAUUGCAGCACCUGAGCUCUGAGCCCUGGCUGUGCAGUCCCACACUCAGUCCCCUUCCUCGCUCUGUGUGUUCUCUUUUGGAGACCCUGACCCUGGAUGCCUCUUCCAUGACCUACCCAUCACCUGAGGUCUGCAGUGCAGGCACAGAGGCCAUCCAGCAGUUCCUCUGCAAAGAGUGUGGAAUUGCCUACUACCCUCCCUCCCAGUAUCUGCUUCCUGAGCUGGAGAGCAAUGGAGGAGGAUCAUCAGUGGAUGGGGUGGACAGGACAGUGCAUAAGUACCUGCAGGAGGCGAGUGAGUGGCAGAACAAAUUCUCGGAGUAUGAGAAGAGGAAGGAACAAAAGAUGCAGGAGAAGCUGGAAUUCGAGCGGCGCCUGAACGUGGGGCAGCGGGAACACGCUCUGCUGGUCCAGCAGCUCCACAGCCAGAAGGAUGAGAUCCUGCAGACAGUGAGGGAGGACCAGCAGAGGCUGGAGGAGGGGCUGACGAAGCACCAGCGCUAUUUGGAGGGCGAGCGCCUGAAGCUGCUGCAGCAGCUGAAGCUCACGGAGCAGGGCAUUGCCAGCAGGAUCCACAAGCUGCUGGAGGACAACCAGAGGCAGAAACAAAGUUCAGACAUUCUGAAGUCCUUGGAGAAUGAGAGGAUUAGGAUGGAGCAGCUGAUGGCAAUAACCCAGGAGGAGACGGAGCAGCUGCGCAGACGGGAAGUGGCCUCUGCCAUGCAGCAAAUGCUGGCUGAGACCUACAAGAACAAGCUCCUCCAAGUGACCUACGAGUCUCGUCGGCAGGACCUCGUGAGCCAGGCCUGCUCCAGCCUAGCUGAGAUGGAUCAGAAGUUCCAGCAAAUCCUGGAUUGGCAACAGCUGGAUCAGAACAAAGCUGUCAGUCAGAUCCUGCAGCAGAUUGAGAUGCAGAAAGAUGCCUUUGAAGCUCUCCAGGUGAAGAAGGAUCUUAUGCACAGGCAGAUCAGGAACCAGAUUAAAUUAAUAGAAACAGAGUUAUUGCAGCUGACACAGCUGGAGUUAAAGAGGCAAGAACUGGACACAGAGACGCUGCAGGAGGCGGUGGCGGAGCAGCGCCAGGCACUCGGCUGCCUGCUGGAACAGCUGCUCAAGGAGAAGAAGCAGAGGGAGGAAGAACUGCAACAAAUCCUGCUGGAAAUGGAGGCAAAGAGUGAAACCAGACAGGAGAACUACUGGCUGAUCCAGUACCAGCGCCUGCUGAACCAGAAGCCCCUCUCCCUGAAACUCCAGGAGCAGGGUCUGGAGCAGCAGCUGGUGGCCCUGCUGCUGGAGCUCUGUGCUGAGCAGUACGUGCCCGUGUUCGCGCACCACCGCCUGUCCUUGGAGGCUCUUGGCACCAUGACUGCCACUGACCUGGAAAAGCUCGGUGUGGUGGAGGCUGGCCUGCAGCGUGCCAUCCUCAAGAGGGCUCAGGAGAUCCUGGCUGUGGCCAAGACCAUCCCAGAGCUGCAGAGGGGGGUGGACACCGAGGUCCCUGCAGGCCCAGAGCCCAGUGCUCCCCUGGAGGAGCCCCCGAGCCCCGAGGGCCCCACGGCCCCCCCGCUGCAGUGGGAGGAGAGGAAGUCGGAGUGCGUUGUGUGCAUGGAGCAGGAGCCCCAGAUGAUUUUCCUGCCCUGUGGCCACGUCUGCUGCUGCCAGAGCUGCUGCGAGCGGCUGCUCUCGUGUCCCCUGUGCCGCCAGGACAUCGCUCAGCGCGUCCGCAUCUUCCACAGCGGGUAGGCUGGGCCGGGAGCGCCUUCCCGGGGUGAUCCCCCUGCUGCUCCGUGCCAGUGUCACACAGCCCCUGCCCAGCAUGCCCAGCACUGCCCUCCCCGUGCUCCAGGAGUCUGAGCAUCCUCCGUGUUCCCCGAUGGCUUCUCAGCAUCCACCUCGGGCUCCUUUGGAUGAAUCCCCUCCUCCUCCUGCCCGGGAGCGCUGGGGGAUGGAAAUGGGUGCCCCUCCUCUCUGGCAGGGAUUUGCCUCCAGAAAGGCCCCUGGCUCAGCAGGGACACCGUCAGUGUUUCCUGGAGGUGGGGAAUCCCCCGUGGGAGGACUCUGUCGGGCUGUGCUGUGUGCUGGGUGCUGACAGUGCCUUGUACCUCUGCCAUGCCAAAGGUUCUGCUCUGGAGACCUCCAGGAGCGUGUCUGGGGCUGCAGCCACAGCUCCCUGACCCCUGGUUCCUGUGGGAGGGGAGAGUCUGGAACAGCCCCAAGACUAGAGGGACCUGCUCUGGCCAGAGGGGCCCAGGGAGGUCCCUCAUCCAAAAAUCAUGUUAGAGCAGAAAGUGUCUCUGUCACCUGACAGCACCGAUCUGGUGGUGAGCAGGGGGCUGGGGCUGCUCCCAGCACAGAUCCACGUUUCCUCUCUAUGGGUGUGGGGAGUUCUCCAUCACCAUCAGUAGGCACCAAUCCCCAUCUGUGCGUCGGCUCCUGACCCUGAAGUAUAAAAAUGCUGCCAUGAUUCCAGUCCCACCUCAGCCCUUCCCCCAGAGCAGCCAUUAAACUGCAGCUGGUUUCUGCUGGUGGGU